UAUUUACUAACAAUAAUAAAAUUUAGCUUUUUACGUAGUUGCAGUUAUAAAGGCAUCUUUGUUUCUUUCCGUAAAUACAUAAAUAUUUAAGUAUUUAAAUAAUGAAGCAGCAUAAACUAACAGGUGUAACCGUAUUUAUUUUUAACCAUUCCAUUAGCUAAUAACUGCCUACAACUAGGAUAUGCCUAUUACAGUAAAAUGUGGAGGAAAACAGAUGCUAUUAAUAAUUACAUAGGUAUGGAUGUAAGCACUUGUAAUUUUCAGGGUCCUUCUUGUUAAAUAAUCAUAAAGCAAUUCUGUUCUGCCUGUGUCAUUUAUGAAAGUACAUAACAUUUAUGUAUAAAACAAUAUUAUGUCCUUAUAUUAGCAAUAAUAGUAAUAAAGCACAAAUAAAUGGCAAUGAUAUGAAUUAUGUCACUGAUCUGAGCAAAUAUGUGUGUAAUGUACCUACACCUAAUAUAAAUUACAAAAUUAAUUUAAAAUUACCUUAAAUAAAUAAAUAAAAAGAUAAUUGACUGAAUGAUACCUAUUAUAUAAAAGCUCAGCUUUAACCACUGGAAAUUGAUUAAAAUACUCUCAUAAGUUGAGUAAAAGUUGUAUAAAUGUUCUAUAAAAUUUGGCAUGCCAUUAAAUUACAUGACGAAGUAUUUAGUCCACAUAAAAAACUACUUUUCAGCGAAGCUCGGGGGGAAAAGCUAGUGUAUAAAAAUGAUUAAUGAUAGACUCACAGAAGUAGGAGGUACCUACUAUGUGUCGUGUAGGCUAGUUAACUAUGUCACACAGUUCACACUCCCAUCAAACGUUCCUUCUACGUACCAUUACUCACUUCAUUCGAUGUUUCACAGUCGUCGUAAAUGAAACGCGCGUGUUCUGGGAAAUAACUAAUUCAUUGUGAAAAUGGUCCGGGUAACGGUUUCUGAGGGAAUAUUAGAGGGACAAGUUUUGGAUAAUGUUCUCGGGGGAAAGUAUUUGAGUUUUAAGGGAAUCCCUUACGCUGAACCGCCCGUAGGUGAUCUGAGAUUUAAGGCACCACGACCGCCAAAGAAAUGGCACGGAGUCAGGAGCGCGAGGGACCACGGGCCAAUCUGCCACCAAUUCUACGUGUUCACGAUGUCGGUUCGUCCCGGCGCCGAGGACUGCCUGUUCCUCAACGUCUACACCAAAACCGUGAAGCCUUCUCGACCCGCGCCCGUCAUGGUCUUCAUCCACGGUGGGGCCUUUGUGUGCGGCUCCGGAAACUCGGACCUCUACAAACCCGACUAUCUGGUCCACAAAGAUGUAGUCUUAGUCACCAUCAACUACAGACUUGAAAUACUUGGAUUUCUCUGUCUGGACAUAGAGGAAGCCCCUGGUAAUGCUGGAAUGAAAGACCAGGUAGCAGCUCUGAAAUGGAUCAAAAAGAAUAUCCAUAAUUUUGGAGGGGAUCCAAACAACGUGACAAUUUUCGGGGAAAGCGCCGGUGGGGCUUCUGUUUCGAUGCACUUGGUUUCCCCAAUGAGUAAAGGUCUGUUCAAAAGAGCUAUACUUCAAAGUGGCGCUUUGAAUUCGCCCUGGGUUAUUGUUAACGAACCUGUGGAGAGAGCGAAGGCAUUCGCUCGUUCGAAAGGUAAAGACACUGAUGACGUUUACGAGCUGUUGCAGUUUUUCAAAUCUCAACCAGUAGAGGCGCUCAUAGCUGCCCCGAUAGCAAUCACCUUCGAUGAAGCUUGUACCGGCUUGUACAAACCAACCUUCAGUGUAGUUAUAGAGAAGAACUUCGGUAAUGGUAAAAGUUUCCUUCACGACAACGUUCCUGAUGUCCUCAAAAACUGUAUUAAUGAAGAUGUCGAAGUUAUAGUAGGGGUGAACGGUGACGAAGGUAAUAUGUUGCUAGGGCUCUGCAAUCUCGACCCAGUCAUUGAAAACUAUAACCGAUUAUUGCAGAGUUUUGUUCCGUUGGAUAUGAACUGGAACAUAAAUAUUCGAAAACAACUUGAGGUUGGAAGAAAAGUCAAGGAAUAUUACUAUGGUGACAAAUUGGUAUCUUCAGAUAACUUGUCCGGUUUAGCCAAGAAGGCUGGAAUGAUUAAUUUUGUGCACUCAGUAGUGCAAUGGGCUAAAGCAUGCGCUUCAAAACAAUCGAAAGUAUAUUUCUAUGUUUUUAAUUGUUUGAAUACUGAGAGGGCUUUCUUUUCGUCCACCUUCAAGACCAAGUCAUGGUCUGGCCGCCCGGGGGUCCUGCAUGGGGAUGAGCUCAUGUAUCUGUUCGCUGGAGAGGUGUUUGAAGAGGCCCCAGAGAAUCUAAAGAUGGUGGAUAAAGUCACAACACUUUGGACAAACUUGGCAAAGUUCGGAAACCCGACACCUGACGAGUCUUUGGGAGCAAAAUGGCUGCCGUUCACUGCCGAAAAGCAAGAAUACUUGGACAUCAACGACACACUCAUAUUAAAAACAUUUCCGUUCAAAGAAGAAAUCCAGUUUUGGGAACGUAUUUAUGAUGAAUAUCUGGCCGAACAUAACUUUACUAAAGCUUAAUUAAAUUUAAAUAGAAUUUAUAGUAUUAUAAUCAAUUGAUGUUGUGUUGUAAUGAAAUUACUAGAACUUGAAAUCACUCUCUAGCACUAAUACUUUGAUAUAUGUACUAGUUUUAAUGGUUUUAUUGAAAUAUAUACGCAAUUAUUCACUACAAUGUACGUUUUUUGUUAACU